AUGAGUAAAAAACCUUUUCCUCAAAGAGUACUCACGCACCCACAGUUUCAUCCUGCACAUUGGAAAAAGACCUCCGUAAGUGAAGGGGGCUUUGCCUCCGACUCCCAAGGGUCCGAUUCCGAAAGCCUUGUUCAAGAGAGACAGUAUCAGCUGGAACUCCAGCAGCGAAUUCGUGAAAAUGAAGAGUUGGUAGGACUGUAUGCUGAUGAGUUGGAGAGUGACAGCUUAGAAGAAGAAGAUAGCUUGGAGGAGAUGAGUUUAAGAGAACAAGGAGUUAAGUAUGACACAAAUCAAUAUACAAAUGGAACACAAGAGAAAGAGAGUAAUGGAAGGGAGCAGCAGUCUGUAGACAAAUAUUUCAGCCUAAGGUACAAUCCUAACUGGAAGAACACAAAUGCGGUAGCAGAAUUUCCUGAGACAGAAAAACCACAUCACGUUGCUGGAGGAGGCAGUGUGGACUUUUCACAGGAUUCAUUUUACCUCCAUUCCAGUGGCUCUCCAGAAGAAAAGAAUCAACUGGAGGCAAAGUUGCAGGAUUCGUUCUCUGAGUUUGGUUCAGAAUUACUGAGCUUUCAUGAACCAAAUGCCUUCAUCAGCAGUGAGCCUUUUAGGUUACAUACCAGAGGGAAGGAAUCUGCAGAUGCCUGUUAUUUCAGGCAUAGUCCCAGUGCGCACGGCAGUGCUUUUUCUCUUCAGAUUCAAGAAAAUCAACCCCAAAGAGCAAAAAAAGACUUCGUGGAGAAAAAUAAACGGACUUUGGGAUUACGUACAGACAAGAAAAAUUCGUAUCUUCAGUUACACAGCAAAAAGCAAGGAGAAGUUCUUCAAGAGCAGGUUGCAGAUGCUAAAACUGUUGAUAAGGAGCCAGAUCAGAGUGUCCUACCAUUCCAGAAUGUGAAAAUGGGCCCUGAAGACAAAUGGUACCUGAAGUCACAGCAGCUCAAGGAGCACCAAAACAAGUGGUCCCAGAGAAAUAAAAUAAAAUCCAAACAGAGUCUCAAAGGGGGAGCUUUCUCACGGAGUGAUAACCAACAGCCACCAGGAAGACUGGCAGAACCAAAGCCUCGGCAUCACCAAACGUCAGAAUUUCGGACAGCUCCCACACAGGCAGUGGAGCAAGACAACAGCAGCGCACCGCAGAAAUGGCUGUGCCCAAGUCCUUCUGUUGGACCUGACACUAACACAGCAGCAAAUUCCAAAAAUAGCUUAAUAAAUUUCCCAAAUCCGAGACAUUUUAAACACCAGCAUCAACUUCCAAAUGGACUUCCACAUGACCAGCAACGUCUAUACAAGCAUGAUACUGCGCAGGUUUUUCUAAGAGAUGGCAGUACCGGUGGUCAAGCGUAUCCAAAUCGGAGGAAUAUUUCAUCUACUUUUAAUGCUAAUUUUCAAGAACUGGUAAAGGAUCGUGUAUCACUUCAGGAUUGCAAGAGGCACGAUUAUGCACAAAAAAGCUAUCACAACUAUGCUGUCAGUAGUUUAAGGCCUUCCCGGUCACCAGCAGCCCCUUCUACAGCCUCCCAGCUUACACCAACCGUGGAGCAACAUCACCAAGAAAUGUCUCAUCCUAAAGAAGCUCGCUUAGCUGAUGACAGGCACUUGUUCAGCCCGCUUCCACCUAUAAUUCUACAGGCCAAAAGUGAUUCAGAGGUGGAUCCAAAGAGAGGUGAAGGAAAUCAAGCAAAAAUAAACCGAAGCAACUCUGAAGGUUAUCUCAUGCAAAUGGAAAAGCAAAAACAGCCUAAAGUCUACAAGAAGCCGUAUAGCUCAAAGGCCGACAUGAAUCUGGAUGUGAAGCUUGGAGGCCUGGGACCUGACUAUGAAGCCAUCAAGGAAAAAAAAGAGAAGUUAAAGCAACAAAAGGAAUAUGCAAAGCAAAUAAAGGAACACAACAUGAAAAACAUUGCUUUGGUUCAGAGGUUACCUACAAAACCCCAGGUCAUAUCUUCAAUGUCAAGACAGAAGGCACUGGAAUAUGCUAAGAAGAUUCCGAGACCAAAGACUUUCACAGCAAAACAAUCAGAUGAAGAGGUGAAAGAGGAAAGAGUUCUGCCACCAACUUUAAAAGGAGACAGUUUACCUCAAAUUGCAUCUUUGGAAACUUUACAAAGCAGACACGAGAAGGAGAAGCAAGUUGUAGCUGCUUUCAGAACCCUUCAUAUCUUAUAA